AUGGAGACGGCGGUGGCCACCGCUUUCCUCGGCAAGAUCGCGCCGAAACUAUUCGCAUUUCUGAAGGAAAAGCAUGCGCAGCGGCGGAGCCUGGAGCGCGACAUCCAGUACAUCAGGAAGGAGUUCCGCAUGAUCACCGCCGCCAUCCAGGACCACGAUCGUCGUCGUCGUCAUCUACGGCAUAGCAAUGGCGGCAGCGACGACGACGUGCAGACAGUCUGGAUCCAGCUCGUGCGCGACCUGGCCUACAGCAUCGAAGACUGCGUUGACCGCUUCACGCACCGCGCGAAACUGCCUCCGGCAACGUCGUCGUGGCUCCGGCAGACUGUCCACGGAGUGAGGACGGCGACGACCCGCAGCAAGUUCGCCGCCGCGGUCCGUGAGCUCCGCAAGAUCUCAGAGGAGGCAUCCAAGCUGAGAUCGUGUUAUUAUGUCAGCAGCGGCGGCGGUGAAUAUAACACCUACUUCUUGGAUUCGGAGACGCCGACCCACACCAUUGCAGCUGAUCUGGUGGGCAUGGACGAGCCCCGUGACGAGGUCCUGGAGCUGAUAAGGGAGACCCAAGGCCAAGCGAAGCAGCUGAAGGUGAUCUCCAUUGUUGGGUUCGGUGGUUUGGGGAAGACAAUUCUUGCCAGGGAGGUGUACGAGCAUGAGCGCUGUGGCCGGCAGUAUGAGCCACGUGCUUGGGUUCAUGCCGGGGAGAGAGGCGCCGGUGAUGUUCUUGAGGAGAUUCUCGAUGAACUCGGCAUGCCGGUUGAUGCGGCCACUAAUUGCGGCAACGUUAUCAAGCUCAGCACAAGAAUCAGAGACUUCCUUGGGUCCAAAAGGUUCUUCAUUGUGAUCGAUGACAUGCGGAAAGAAUUUUGGAACAUCAUAAAGAACGCCUUCCCUGCACUCAAUGGCAUGAGCAGCAGAGUCAUCGUGACAACGGCCGUUCACUCCAUAGCAAAUGCCUGCUCUGCUCAUGGCCAUGUGUACAUGAUGAGAACUCUUAACGUGGAAAACUCGAGGAGGCUGUUCUUCAAAGAAGCUUCCCUGGUUGAUCCACCGCCUGAUGCCGAGCUCGGUUCCGAGGCGCUCAAGAAAGGCGACGGUCUGCCACUUGCUCUUGUCACCAUUGCCCAGUUCUUGCAGAGCAGAGGCAAUCCGACAAGGGUAGAAUGGGCAAAGGUGGGCAACAAUCUUGGUGAGCUCCUGGAGACAAAUGACACCUUAGCAAGGAUGAAUAAGGUGCUCGUCCACAGCUACAGCAGCCUCCAUGAUCAUGUCCUCAAGGCCUGUUUGCUAUACAUGGGCAUUUUCCCGGGUGGCCGUCCGGUCAGGACAGAGGGCCUGAUAAGGCGAUGGUUAGCCGAAGGAUUUGUCGAAGAUUGUGGUGCUGCAAAUGACAGAUUCAGGGAGCUUGUUGACCGGAGCAUCGUUCUGCCUGCUGCUCUGAACAGUAACAAUAAUACAGAGGUGAAAACAUGUCAGACCCAUGGUAUGAUGCUCGAGUUCGUGUUGCGCAAGUCGGUACGGGAGAGCUUCGUCACGUUGUUACAUGGCCAAGAUCGCCCACCCGGUGAUGAUAAAAUCAGGUGGCUUUCUCUUAACCAUUACUCGGGGAAUCCAAGCAAUGAUUUGUCUCAUGUCCGGUCUCUGACCGUAUUCGGGAAGACGCACAAAUCUGUCCUGGAAUUCUCCAGAUACGAACUGCUGCGGGUGUUGGAUCUAGAAGAAUGUGAUGAUCACUUGGAUGACAAGCAUUUGUUGGAGAUAUGCUACCUGUUGCUUCUCAGGUAUCUAAGCCUAAGAGGCAAUAGUACCAUUGAAGUGCUUCCCAAGGAGAUCUCAAAGCUUAAGUACUUGGAGACGUUGGACCUAAGAAGGACGAACAUAACGGUUCUGCCUAUACAAGUCCUGAAGAUGGCAUCUCUGAUUCAUCUGUUUGGAGCGUUUAAGCUCCAAGAUGUUGGCCGGAAGCUGAUGAGUAAGCUACAAGCAUUCCUGUCAGAGAAGAGCAAGCUGGAGACACUAUCAGGAUUUGUUACUGACGAGAGCCGCCAGGGAUUCGCACAGCUCAUGGGUCAUAUGGAGCACCUGACGAAAGUGAAAAUAAGAUGGGAGUCCACUGUGGAUGACAACAGCAACCACAAUCAUCUCUCAAGGGCCAUCCAGGGCUUCAUUGAGAGAGGCACCAACAUGAACGAUACCCGUUCACUAUCACUGGGCUCCACCUCCAGUACAGAAUGGCCCCAAGACUUGCUCAAUUUCUCACUGGAAAAUUCAUGUUAUCUUCACUCGUUGAAGCUACAUGCAAACAACAUAUGCAGCCUGCCACUGUUUGUCACCAUGCUGAGUGGCCUUACUGAGCUAUGCUUCUCAUCACCAAACAGUCACCUCAGUGGGGAUAUCCUUGUUUCUGUCAGUAGAGUGAGCUGCUUGCAUUACCUCAAACUUACAGCAAGCCAAAUGGGCAGUUUGGAGAUAGAGAAUGGGGUGCUCGAUAGCCUGCGAGGCCUAUGCAUAGUGGCCGAAUCCAUGGCCGGAUUAGAGAUCAAGCAGGGUGCUCUGCCGCGGCUCGAGUCGCUCCGGCUUCUCUGCAAGGAUCUAAAUGGCCGGGUUCUUUGUGGCAUAAAGAUGGAGUGGCUCGGACGACUUAAGGAGGUGGCUCUCCACGAUGGAGUGAGCGAGGGAACGAAGCAAGAUUGGAGAGAAGCAGCAAAGAAGCAUCCGAAACGGCCCAAGGUACUGUUUAUGCAAACAGCACAUGUUGUCGACAGGAUGCAGAUGGGAAGUGGUGACGAAAAUUCAGAGAGCUACGUAGCACCAACUCCCAUGGCCGAAGACACCGUCCAAGAGGAGGUUAACUACGAGGGAUCUGUCGUGCGGAAGAGGCCGGCAGGAGUGAUUGCCAGACUGAUCCAUGGUUCCAAACUCUGUGAAUGUGAAUAUGAAAAGCAGAGGAAGCAGGAACGGGAAGAGGCAGCGGGGAUGCACCCGAAACGGCCCAAGGUCUCGUUUGUGGAUACAGUAGUGGUGGAAGAGGUUGAGGUGAUGAUGCAGAUGGAGCAAUCUGCGGCGGCAGCAGCUCCCAUUGCUGUGGGUGACGAUGAACUGCGGCCGGGAGAAGGACGUGAGCUCUCUGUUGCGGGGAAGAUAGCCGGACUAACACGACACUUCAAACGACGUCGAUUCUUCUAGCAAGGAGGCCCAAGUCCUGAUUCCUGAGGAGAUGUGCUUUUACAGUGUCCUGCAUCUUUUGUUUCAUUGAGGGAACCUGAAUUAUCUCCCUUGGCAGUUUAUGAUUCAUAGAUUACAUAUUUUUCUUGUUUUUUCAAAGAGGAGGGCAACUCUCAG